AUGUCAAGCUGUGAUACAUCCCACGCAGCAGCUCUUGACAUCGAAAAUACCACGAUGGCUGAGCGUACACCUCUGCUGUUAGCUCCGGCGAACACAUACACCUCUGUUUCACAGGAGCAUUCCCAAGAGGAUUCUGAUGUUUUGUUCCCAAUAAUAAGCAAAGUCGUUAGCGUUGGUGCAUUAGGAGUAGAGUCUCAGCCUCUCCCUGUUCUGGGCAUUCAUUUAGAUUCAGAGGAUGGACUGGAUCUAAAGGAGGACGACGUAUCAACGUUAAAUGGAACUGCUUUUCAUGGAGGAAUAUCAAAACGAAAGUUUUGGAUCAUCUUUACAGGGAUUCUUAUUGCCAAUUUUGUGGCAGCCGCCGACUCGACAAUAAUGGCCUCAACACAUACAUCAAUAACAUCUGCGUUUAAUUCUUCGAAUGCUGCCUCCUGGUUAUCGACAUCCUUCAUGCUAACGUCGACAUCAUUCCAGCCACUGUAUGGCCGGAUAUCUGAUACUAUUGGAAGAAAAAUCCCUUUCGUAUUUUCGUGCUUUGUGUUCACAGUCGCUACCGCAUGGUGUGCACUAGCUGGAAGUAUGGGAAGCUUUAUUGCUGCUAGAGCAGUAUGCGGUAUUGGUGCUGGGGGGAUGUUGACAAUGGGUGCGAUUGUCUUAAGUGAUAUCUUACCAAUUGAAAUCAGAGGAAACUACCAGAGCAUUAAUAAUCUCGCAUACGGAACGGGCUCAGCAUUAGGAGCGGCGGUCGGAGGAUUCUUAGCGGAUUCAAUAGGCUGGCGAUGGGAAUUCGGUAUUCAAGUGCCAUUUGGUAUAUUCUGUAUGGUUGUAUGUAUGUGGACAAUUCCAAGUCCAGAAGAACUGGGUAAUACCAUCGAAAUGGGUACAUGGGAAAGGUUUAGUGAGUUCGAUUUGGCUGGUUCUCUUUACUUGACAACGAGUGUUGGUUGUUUGAUUUUGGGCAUGAGUCUCGGAGGCAACAUCUUUCCUUGGACUCACCCUAUUGUCAUUGUAUCCUUAAUCAUGAGUUUCGUUCUCGGAAACCUACUAUUGAGAGUGGAGAAAGUAGCGAAAUCGCCAGUAAUGCCUCUGGAGCUUGUCUGGGGUAAACCACGCGGAAAUCUUAUUUUCAACAAUUUCUUUGCUGCCGUUACUAUAAACACAGUAUUCUUCAAUCUGCCGCUAUAUUUUCAGACAGUCCUCCUGGAAUCUGCUACAGCCGCAGGUACACGUCUUCUUGUUCCUAGUCUGGCAGGAACCACAUCGGCGGUUGCGGCAGGAAUAAUAAUCACCCAAACAGGCCGCUUGAAGCCUAUUAUUUUCAUAGGUUCCAUUCUAGUAAUCGUUGGGGCAAUUUCUUUAUGUUGCAUGGAUCGAUUCUUUGCUGGGUGGGUCUACUUUCUAUUUCUUGUCCCGACCAACUUGGGUGUAGGGUUCGUUUUUCCGUCGACGUUGAUGAGUGUUCUUGCGACCUCGUCCCAAAACGAUCAAGCAGUAGCAACUAGCACCUUGAUUUUAUGGCGUUGUUUGGGAAGCGUUAUUGGUGUGGCAAGCAGUAGUUUAAUAGUCCAAAACUUCCUCCUUUAUUUUUUGGAAAGAAGAAUCAUAGGGGAAGGGAAAAGGGAAGUGAUAGAGAAGGUUAGAAAAAGUGUCACAGCUAUUUUCGAUUUACCAAAGGAGACUCAAGACCAAGUCAUUAGCUCAUACGAUUCAUCACUUCGAUUGUGCUUCCUGUGGAGUGUUUUCACUGCAGUCAUAGCAUUUGUGCUUAUAGCAGGGAUUCAACUCCCAUCGUUGCGGAGCUUACCUACAGUCAAAGAUAUCGAGAAUGAGUGCAGUAGAAAAACAGGGGAUGACUAUCAGAAGCUAGAUGACUGA